CGGGCCCCCGUGCCGUGGGGGGCAGCCGCGGCGGGCGGUCGGCCUGAGGCGGCGGCAGUGACGGCGGAGGGCGCGGCGCUGCCCGGGGAGCCCCGCCGCGGGGGGUCGCGACCCGCGGCGCCGGGGAUGUUGCGGUGGGUCCGGCAGCAGCUGGGUUUUGACCCACCGCAUCAAAGCGAUACACGAACUAUUUAUAUAGCAAAUCGUUUUCCCCAGCAUGGCCAUUAUAUUCCUCAGAAGUUUGCAGACAACAGAAUCAUAUCAUCCAAGUAUACAGUGUGGAAUUUUGUUCCAAAAAACUUAUUUGAACAGUUCAGAAGAAUAGCCAACUUUUAUUUUCUGAUAAUAUUUUUGGUUCAGCUCAUGAUAGAUACCCCUACCAGUCCUAUUACGAGUGGAUUGCCAUUGUUCUUUGUCAUAACUGUGACAGCCAUAAAGCAGGGUUAUGAAGACUGGCUACGACAUAAAGCAGACAAUGAAGUAAACGGUGCUCCGGUUUAUGUUGUUCGAAGUGGUGGCCUUGUAAAAACUAGAUCUAAAAACAUUCGGGUGGGAGACAUUGUCAGAGUAGCCAAAGAUGAGACUUUUCCUGUUGAUCUGGUGCUUUUAUCUUCUGAUCGAGUGGACGGUUCAUGCCAUGUUACUACCGCAAGUUUGGAUGGCGAGACUAAUCUUAAGACACAUGUUGCGGUCCCAGAAACAGCAGUGUUGCAGUCUGUUGCCAACCUGGACAAACUUGUAGCUGUCAUAGAAUGCCAGCAGCCAGAGGCAGAUCUAUACAGAUUUGUUGGAAGAAUAACUAUAAGCCAACAAAUGGAGGAAAUAGUACGACCUCUGGGGCCUGAAAGUCUCUUACUUCGUGGAGCAAGAUUAAAAAACACUAAAGAAAUAUUUGGUGUUGCAGUGUAUACAGGUAUGGAGACAAAGAUGGCAUUAAAUUACAAGAGUAAAUCUCAGAAACGGUCAGCAGUAGAAAAGUCUAUGAAUUCCUUUUUGAUAAUUUAUCUAAUAAUCCUCCUCUUUGAAGCCAUUUUGAGUACUAUUUUAAAGUAUGCCUGGCAAGCCGAAGAAAAAUGGGAUGAACCUUGGUACAAUGAAAAAACAGAACAUGAAAGGAACAGCAGUAAGAUUCUCAGAUUUAUUUCAGAUUUCCUUGCUUUUCUGGUACUUUACAAUUUUAUUAUACCCAUUUCACUUUAUGUAACUGUUGAGAUGCAGAAGUUUCUUGGAUCUUUUUUUAUUGGCUGGGAUCUUGACCUCUAUCAUGAAGAGACAAAUCAGAGAGCCCAAGUAAAUACUUCAGACCUCAAUGAGGAACUGGGACAGGUAGAGUAUGUGUUUACAGACAAAACCGGUACAUUGACUGAAAAUGAGAUGCAGUUUCGGGAGUGCUCCAUUAAUGGCAUAAAGUACCAGGAGGUCAAUGGUAAACUGACUCCAGAGGGGUUUUCUGAAGAUUCUCCAGAUGGAAAUAGGCAUACUUUGAUGAAAGAGGAAGAACUCUUCUUGAAAGCAGUUUGUCUUUGUCAUACAGUACAGAUCAGUGCAGAUCAAACAGAUGGUGCUGAUGGACCCUGGCAUGCCAAUGGAAUAGCAUCCCCAUUGGAGUAUUAUGCUUCUUCACCAGAUGAGAAAGCUUUAGUUGAAGCUGCAAGCCGGGUUGGAGUAGUAUUUAUGGGAACUAGUGGGGACAGUAUGGAAGUAAAAAGUCUUGGAAAACCAGAAAGGUACAAGUUGCUUCAUGUUUUGGAGUUUGAUCCAAAUCGCAGACGAAUGAGCGUCAUUGUAGAGAGUCCCUCAGGGGAAAAGCUUUUAUUCACAAAGGGAGCAGAAUCUUCCAUUCUUCCUCGUAGUAAAAGUGGAGAAAUAGACAAAACAAGGAUACAUGUUGAUGAAUUUGCUUUGAAAGGACUAAGAACUUUGUGCGUGGCGUACAGAAGGUUCACACCGGAGGAAUACCAAGAAAUUGGCAAACGCCUUCAUGAGGCCAGGACUGCCUUACAACAACGGGAAGAAAAAUUAGCAGAUGUAUUCAACUUCAUAGAAAGGGAUCUGGAACUGCUUGGGGCUACUGGAGUAGAAGACAAACUGCAGGAGAAAGUCCAAGAAACUAUAGAAGCACUCAGAUUGGCUGGUAUCAAAGUGUGGGUUUUGACUGGAGAUAAGCAUGAAACGGCUGUUAGUGUCAGUUUAUCAUGUGGACACUUUCAUAGAACCAUGAACAUCCUUGAACUUGUACAGCACAAAUCAGACAGUACAUGCGCAGAGCAACUGAGGCAGCUAGCCAAGAGAAUAAAAGAAGACCAUGUUAUCCAGCAUGGCCUGGUGGUGGAUGGGACCAGCCUCUCUCUUGCACUCAGGGAACAUGAAAAAUUGUUCAUGGAAGUUUGUAAAAACUGUUCUGCAGUGUUGUGUUGUCGUAUGGCACCGCUUCAAAAAGCAAAGGUAGUGAGACUGUUAAAAACAUCUCCAGAAAAACCUAUAACAUUAGCAAUUGGUGAUGGUGCUAACGAUGUGAGCAUGAUACAAGAAGCACAUGUUGGCAUAGGAAUCAUGGGCAAGGAAGGAAGGCAAGCUGUAAGAAAUAGUGACUAUGCAAUAGCACGAUUUAAAUUCCUCUCCAAGUUGCUUUUUGUUCAUGGGCACUUUUACUAUAUUAGAAUAGCAACCCUUGUACAGUACUUUUUUUAUAAGAAUGUGUGCUUUAUUACACCACAAUUUUUAUAUCAGUUCUUCUGUUUGUUUUCACAACAGACCCUCUAUGACAGUGUAUACCUGACUUUGUAUAAUAUUUGUUUCACUUCCUUGCCUGUCCUCAUCUACAGUCUUUUUGAGCAGCAUGUGCACCCGCAUGUAUUGCAGAGUAAACCUGUGCUCUAUCGAGACAUCAGUAAAAAUGCUCAUCUUGGGUAUAAACCAUUUCUUUAUUGGACCAUCUUGGGCUUCUUGCAUGCAUUUGUUUUCUUUUAUGGUUCGUAUCUUCUAAUGGGAGAAGACACUUCAUUGCUGGGAAAUGGCCAGAUGUUUGGAAACUGGACAUUUGGUACUUUGGUCUUCACCGUUAUGGUUAUAACCGUUACGAUGAAGAUGGCGCUAGAAACUCACUUCUGGACAUGGAUAAACCAUUUUGUUACUUGGGGUUCCAUUGUGUUUUAUUUCAUAUUCUCCUUAUUUUAUGGGGGAAUUAUCUGGCCAUUUUUACAUACCCAGGAUAUGUACUUUGUAUUUGUUCAACUGUUGUCAAGUGGUUCUGCUUGGUUUGCCAUAAUACUCAUAGUAGUUGCUUGUCUGUUUCUUGAUGUUGUGAAGAAAGUGCUGUACAGGCAUCUACAACCAACAAGUACUGAAAAAGCUCAGCUUACUGAGACAGGUUCAAGUAUCAACUGCAUGGACUCCAUGUGCUGCUUCUCAAAUGGGGAAACAGCAUGCACAUCUGUUAGAAGAAUGCUGGAACGACUAGUGGGAAGAUGUAGUCCAACCCGGGUCAACAGAUCAUGGAGUUCAUCGGAUCCCUUCUAUGCCAACGACAGAAGCAUCUUGACUCUCUCCACAAUGGACUCACCCACUUGUUAACAGGGACACUUGUAAAUACCUUGUGGAAGCCAAGAGGUGCUCACGUACCUAUAGUAGGUUCUGAAGCGAGUUCAGUGCUACAUCCCUGCCCAAGACAGGGCUAGUGUGUCUUAAAGGCAGACUGGUUGUCCUGUAGCCAAGCAUAGCGGUCAUCUGGACUGCAUUUGCUUCCAAUAUUUUUUCUAAUGAUAUCCCAAAGUAUUGCUAAGUAAAUUUUUUUUGUAAGAAAUGCUUUUAUCUCUCACCGUUUAAAUCUUUUUUGUCACCAUAUGAGCAGAUUGGAACUUUGUAUUUGAUAUUUGAGAUGCUGGUAUGGCACAGUGCAAAGUCUUUCUCCUCCCAAAUCCAAGCCAUCAGAUAGAAUUUGCACAAUGAUACGUAAGUGGAACAUAAUGAAAUUAGAUUGCCCUUUACUGCACACUCGGUUUGAACUGUCUUUUACAGCCGCGAUCUUAGGGGUUUGCAGGUCAGUCUUAUUGUUUCCGUGGACGGUUUAUAAAUUGUUUAAAUACUCAGUAAUUUUUUAGAGAUAAAUAUUAUUCAAAUAUUUAUGCUGGUGUAUGAAUGGCAAUUUUGUUGGUCAUCACUUUGAGAAACAGCGUACAUCGGUCAUUUGGAGUCAGGAGGAUUUAACAGGUCACUGUUUUCUUGAAGUGUGAUUCAAAGCCAGGCAUUUUCUCUAACAACUGUUUCGUUAACCAUUCACAAACUUGACGUGGAAAAAUGGGUAAGAAAUGGUGGCUCGUGCAGGUACCUCACUAGCAUAAAUUUGUGAACGAGGAAUCCUUUUAACGUUGGUGAAUCUUUGCAUGUUUUAUUCUUUCUCAUGUAUUUACAUUUGGCCGUGCUGUACGCUGAAGAUGCGAUUAAUGCUUAAUUAUCUUCAUAUAUCUGAAGGAUCUGAGACAUUGGUGGCAGUGUUUUGAUACCUAAGUAUGUCAAUAAAAACAAAUUGCACCGAUGCAGCUUUGAAUGGUACAUGAUACAUCUUGCAGGUACUAUUUUUUUUUUCUCCUCUCAUCAGUUUAAAUAAAUUUCUCAUUUGGGGAAGGGUGACAACAUUUGCCUCUUUGUUCUGCUGUGUUGGCCAGAGCUAUUAGGGGUCAGUCUUUAGAUGUGAGAGCUAAAUGGAGGUUAGAGCUUUGUCUUAGGUAGUCCUCAGGUGCAGGCCAGGAAAAAUGCUGCUGUGUUUGACAGCUGUUUGGGAAUCCAGUUUGAAGUCAGUCUCUAAAGAAGUCCCAUCACUAUUGAAAGAAUCUUCCUGCCAGCCAGCAGAAGGUAAAAAGCCAUGUAUUAAAAUUCUCAGUGAAAGAAACUAAAUCAAACAGACUGUAAAUAGCUCCUGUAAAUAGAACCUGUAAGAACUUCUUAACUGAAGACACAAUUAAGCCUGAGAUUUGUACAGAACCAGCAUUAGCUGCUUUCAGCACACCUCAGGGGUUUCCCCUAUUGGCCCAAGUAAGUUCCUGUUCUUAGCAGUUUCUCAUUCUGAGACAAGUCUUCUAACUGCCAUCAAUAUCUAAGACGUUUUUAAAAACUCUAACAGAUAUCUGCUGUUUUGCCAUCUUUUGUGUGUAAGCCACCGUGUUUCACUGUUCAGAAGUGUGUGUUUGUCUGUGUCCCCGCAGCACCCAGGCAGAGUGUGUGACUGUUGGGCCUCAUCAAGUAGCUCAUCUGUGUGUCUGGCUGGUGCACCAUGUGUGGAAAUAGACACUGUGCUUAACUGUAGGAACGUCAGAGUGUUUGAUAACCCCGCUCCAAGCAUUUAGAUUGGGUCAGGCUCUGUACAGAAAUGUUUGUUGGCUUUUACCAUACAAAUAUGUUGAUUAUAUGCACAGAAGAUGCAGUCCUGUACUUGAAGAAUAAUUUACAUUCAUUAUAUAUGUUUCUUUAAAACCUUCCAUCUCCUCUUGUUCCUCUUCCCCUGCUUUCCCUUUUCCCAGUGUUUGUAAGGUUACCGAAGAAACACGCAUUUAAACAGUUCAGGAAGAACUUAAGAAUCCAUCUGUCUGCCAAGGUAUAUUUUUCUAUUUGCAGUACAAGUUAAGUUAAACCUGUAAUUUAUCAUUUAAUGAGUGUAGAAUCGGUUUGCACACGACCAGAUUUUUGGUCUGGCAAACAGUUAGGACCGUAUGUUUUUGUAAAUGUGUCACAGAUCAUUGAGAAUUGCUUUUGCUCAAGGAAGAAAGCUUUUGUGUGUUUCUCUGACAGUUAAAAAGUGUAUGAAGCAUUCAUUGUGCACUGAGUUUACUGUAGAAGUUAGUCAGUCUUCACAAAGACGACUGCACAAAAUACAGCUUACUCCAUUUAAUGAAGAAUUCAGCUCUGAUUUAAUGGUGAGGGAGACUUUGCCAUAGGAAGGAAAUAAAUGAGAGAGCUGUCUCAGCCUUGAAACCCAUAACAUGUGGCAGGAAAGCAGGCAGUUUUUUAAAGCAAGUUACCAGACUUAGGCUUUUUAACCAUGCAGUAGAAAAAAUGGAGUGGGAAUAUGUUCCUAUUAUUUGUUCACAAACUAGAAUGUGUAUAUGUUCUGCUUAAAAUAUUCCGUGUAUUUUUUAAGGCUAUGGAGGAGGGAAUUAAAAAAAAAAAUAAAUAAAGCAAAGGAAGGGAUGCUGAGAGCUCAGAAUGAGUUCUUGUUCUCUAUUACAAAAGAUUAUGCAACUCAGAAUGCAUAUAUAUUAGGCAACCAUAAUUUCUUACCGGGAACCUUUAGUAAUACUUUCCAAACCUCCUUUUUUAUGACUGUAGCUUCUAUAUUGAGGGGGGAAAAGUCUCAUUUUCUAGUGUUUGGAGUGUCUCAAAGCUGUUGAAUCAGUAGUCUAUAUUAUUUUUAAUAGUUUUAAUUGUUUUCUUUGACACUUCCAUACUUACUACUGAUACUGGUGAAAUUUAGUGUCCAAAAAUGCAUAAUCAUAAUAUGUUUUUGAGCCAUUUAAGAUGUCCUUCUUCUUUUGCUCUGGAAAAUAAUAAUAGCUAUAACCACCAGCACUGCACCUGCUGCUGCUUUGUUCUACUUUUUUUUUAAUGGAGAUGCAUUCCUAGAGCUGGGUGAACCAGCCAUCCUGAAAUACAGAUUAAUUUCAGCCUUCUCUUGUUUCUAAGUUAUCUCCUAGUUAGACUUUUGUUGCAGGCUGUUUCUUUUUUUUUUCUGUGACUCUUUAUUGUUGGCUGGUUUGUAUGUUCUUUGCUUUUGUUUGCUUCCAGUGGUAUGACUUCUCUGCUUUCUGCUUCCUAUUUGAUUGACUCAAUUUAAAAACAGGAGGAAAGAUGGGAUGCUCAUGGCUGUACCACCUAACUCUUGCCCUCGAUCAGCUUAAACAUGCAUUCGCAUCGAUAUUUACAAGGCUUCUGCUUCCCCUAGAUUGUUCAGCUGCUCAUAGAGAUGCCAGCACUGGCUCUGCUGCCUACGCUUCCGUGGCUUUUGUUAAAAGGGAUGUUCUCAUCACUUUGAUAUGUUCGCCCGGCUCUAGGUGUUGCCACGUUACCUCGCUGUUUUACAAUAAGUAUAUAAAACUGUCACUGUAGAUACGACUUCUUUGUUGUUGUUUCUGGUUUGUAUAAAUGCAUGGACGUGAAUAAAACUGAUGGGCUGUGAGCCAAAGAGCUCUAUAUGUAACAUGAAGUGAGAAGAGACGAAAAAUAUUGUAGAUUACAGCAGUGUGAGUAGCCUAAACAAAGCCCUGCGCUUCACCAGAAUGGGAUGCAGUGUGUAUUUUCCUCAGCAUUUUUACUUGGAGUAGCAGCAGAGUUCAGUCAUUCUCAUCUUUUCUGCAUUGUGGCAAUGAGUUUAAAAAAAUAUAUACAUCUAUGACUAUUUUCCCCUCUUGCUGGUAUGGGUUAUAAUGGAGUUCACUUUCAGAUACAAAGAGGAUGCCAUAGCUGUGGCAAGGAAGUGAUUUUUUCGAUUUCCAGUUAUGUUUCCUAUUGUAGAUUUCAGUUCUUAUGUGCACUUACCCUCACUCCUUCCUCCUGGGAGGGGCAUCCAGUUUUCCUUGCUCCUUUUUAUUUUUUGAGAAAAAAACCAACAUGAAUAGGAAAAGCAUGUGAGGGUACCAUUUUAAUGAAGUUGAUCCUUAAUUUUAGGCAAUUAAGGAUCACUGCCAACUGGAAACUGUAGCAAUAAUUAGUACUAAGAAUUCUGGACCUGUGACACUGUGGCUGCCUCGUGUUCCUUCUGACGCUGACAGCACGUCUGUGUGCUUGCGCAUCGUGCAGCUCGGGCAGUAGAAGUUGCUUUAUGGUUUAUGGAAAUGAAUUAAUUAUAUUUAUUAAAUAAAACUUUCGCUUACAGCUGAGUCAUUGUUUUACUUGCGGGUCAGAGGAAAGGAUGCCUGAGGGCAGUGAGGCUGCUGCCCCUCCAUCCCCACCUUCAGUCACAGAGGAGGAGACAGGUACAGUCCAACAAGGUACACAGCUGGACAGGCACUGAGACACAGCUACACAAAGACAUGGAACCUGAGGGACUGACUGACAGACGGCUGUGUGGACAGAUGGAAACAAAUGGACAACUGGACAGACAGAUGGACAGACUUUACCUUGCCAACUACCUUUCACAUUCCUUUCUUCAGCUUUGGUUUCUUUAACAGUCCUCCUGUUCGGUAUUUUGCCUUCUGCCCUUGAAUGCUUUGGGAGAAAGGCUGACAUGUCAUGUUCCAAAGACAUAGAAUUAAGCUUAAAAGGGAAACAUGAAGUACCAGUUUUUUUUGCUACCUAUGAUGAGAACUAAAAAAACUGUAGUAUAAGGUUAUUAGAGGAAAAAAUACUUGGCAGAACAUCAGAAACACCCAUUUACAAGUACCUGUUUAACUGUCCACCCUUCAGCCAUUCUAACUGCAGAGUCCAGCUCCUUAGCUGCUCUCACUUGUUGGUUCUCAAUCACCCAGCUCUAAGAUAGCAAUUUCAUCAACUACUUACUGGGCUGUCUGCUCUUACUGUCUGCUCUUAGAGGACUUAAAUCAUAUACAGGCAGCAUUACCACACACACAUAAAAUCUACAGAGACAUCUGGCACUGUUAUUUAAAACCAAGUGUGAAUGACAAAAGUUUAUUAAAUGCAUUCUUAAAAAAUUAUAUUUUUCUUAAAUAAGGUCCCCUGCAAGGAGUUCACUGUAAAACAGUUUUGAAGCAAUUCAUAAGUUAUGCAUUAACAGGUUGUUCAAUAAAAAAAAAGUCACUUUAUGGUACUGUAGUCUUUAACCCAACUUAGACAAAUGCACUGUGUGUGGUGUCUUCCACUGCAUGCUAGGUUAUGUUAAUGCAGCACAGCUGGGUAAGGAAAGCUCCAUUCUGUACCUGUAAACAUUCAGCAUAAGCAGUAGGCAAGACAUUGCAUCAGUUCAUAGAUAUUUUCCCCCAAAAAAGACUCACCUGCAAUCAAGUGUGUGUUUUAUGUAAGGGACAAAUAUUCCACUCUCGUGUGUUUGUGGUUAAAAAACAGUCUAGAAAUGUCUUACAAAUAAUACACUGAAACAAUGCAUGAGAAGACUUAGUCAUGGCAAUUUCAUUGGAGCUUUAUUGCCUCUGUUGGUAAUGCGAGGGAUUGUAAGAAGUUACAUUUGAACUUACAGAGAUAUGUAAAUGAUGGGUUUUUUUACUAAAUAUAAUCUUGACAUUGAGUGUUUUAUAUCAGGGCACUUCAAUUUUUGUACAUAUUUAAUGUAUAAAAACAGAUUAUAAACAAGAUGUUUACUUUUUUUUUCUCCUCACAUUUGGCAAAAUUAAAUUGAUCCAUUAAGGGGAGAUGGUCAGAUUGAGGACGUAAGCACUUACGAAUUAAAGCAAUUCAAGGAAGCAACUGUCUGCAUUCUUAAAAAAAACAAAACUAAAGGAAAAAAAACCCACAUGGCCAUAUCUGAGACUUUUCAGUACAAAAUAUUCUCUCACCAGGCAUUUUGUCCUUAGAACAACACCCUGUUAAGUCAGUGCUUUUUGAAAAACUCUUAAGAUGCCAUCAUAGCACAAAUAACCUUUUUCUGCAACAUAAUUAGUCAAAGUUUAUGUAUUUCUUUAUAAUUACACAGUAAUUAUAAGCACGUAGUACCAAACUGAUGACAACACUAUUUUGUUGAAAAGAUUUUGCAUUCAAAAGGAAUAUUCUUUAAAACAGCACGGCAUUAUGCCACUACCCCACCUCAGACUUCUUUUGAGGGAAAAGUCUGUCCUGGGACAAAAACAGUUGGUUCUCAUCCCAGACACAGUGUACGAACAAAUCAAUCUGAAACUGUACCAGAACCCUCAAGACAGAAAACAGCACGCAUAGAUACCUUGUAGAGCUUUUUGCACACACACCCCCGCCCCUAAUCUCAAGUCCCCAUUUAUAUUUACACAAAAUUUAAAAAGGAAAUACUGAAAGCAGCAAAACACACAUUUUUUGGCAUAGCCAAUUCCAGUAGCUGGAGAAAGUUUGCAGUGUUUCUGUGGAACCGUAUUUUGGAAAUAAAUGCACAGAUGGGGUUUCAGAGGGCACUGCUACGAGAGGAGCUAGCCUUGUGGUCAAACCUCACAGAAUAGCAACAAACAUUUUUAGCAAUUUUAUAGUCUUUUUUUUCCUUUUUUUUUCCCCUAAAAUACUUUUAGCAUCCACAUAGAAGUGUUCUGCUGCUUACUGCUGUUAGUACCAGUUUCUGUUUCAGAAGUCACUCAGACCUUACCGUGGGACUGUUCAGCACAUGGACUCUCACCUCUAACCUUAAUGGUAAUUACAGGCUUCUGCUUUUCCAGAGCUUCGUAUUUUCCACCUUGCUUUUACAGAGCAGAACUGAUCUCAAGAGAACAUCUCUUCCCCAGUAACAACACAGCAGUAGAUCACAUUUAGCACAACAGCAGCUCACGAGCUCUCUUGUAAUGUUUAAAAUAAAGGAUUGCAUCUGAUAACACCUGUUCUGAACAAAAGGAACUUGGUUUAAUUAAAUGCAGUAAGACAACGAGAAGUAGUGAUGAACCAACAAAAUAACUUAAUGAAACAAAGCCAGUGUAGUAGUUUAUAUCUGAUCCGUAUCUGUCUGGAAAUGCUUUAUACUUCAUUUCUUUAUUUGGCAACCACAGUGAAAUGUCCAUUUAAGGAAAGCUCAACAAAAUAAUUAAAAAUGGGUGUCAUCCAUAGCUGCAGUACCUCUACAUUAUGAAGAUUUAACUUACUUCUCAGAAUAAUGGAUUCAAACCAGGUUUCAUAUCAAACUCACCAUCUUCUCAUUGUAACAGGACUGUUUGCUUCUUCACGCCUCAAGCAUGAAAGUUCCAUGCCUGAAUUUGAAAUGCUGUGUUGUGCAGCAAACGUUAAGACAAAUUCAGCAUAUUCAAGUUUUAGAUUUCCACAGCAAUGAGAAAGCUUGUGUGUGACAGAAGCAUUUCAAAACUGCAACAAAAUCCAUUUCCUUAGGUGACAACCUAAAGAAUAUCAGAAUCUCCCCUUACACACACAGCUCAUCUCUCGCAGGCCGACUGUAACACCAACACUGCUGCUGUAAGCGCACAGGAGCCGUGCCACACUUCUGUUCUCAGGGGCAGCUGAUGCACAAUCAAGCCAUGCAGACAGGCACCCAGAUACCCCAGUAUCAACAACCUGAAGCUUUCCUGGUUCUUUCUGUAACUGUUAUUACCGGACGCUCACACUCACUCAGACGAUACCUGCAGUUUUCCAGAAAAGGGAAAAAAAUUUAAUUAAAAAAGCAAAAUCGGACCCAGUUACACUUAAAUAUAUCACUCUUUAAGGAAGUGCUAUCAAGACUGUCUUUGCAACUAGCCCCAAGUGUAUAUUUAAGGAUUCUUUUAGAAACUCUUCUGAUGUUGAGCUGUAUAAUUCAGAUGCCAUACAACAGUUGUCUGAUGAUGACCAGCAUUGUGCUUUAUGUGAAACCAGAAACCUCAAAAUCAUUAUAAAGCUGCUCGGACUUAUGGGAGCUGAAACUUGGGCAGUCCAGAAAAAAAAAAAAAAAA